AGCAGCCGGGUAUCUGUGAGCUCCAACAAUGCCUCAAGUUCACCCUCUCUCUUCCAUCUCAUCUCCCCAUGUUUGUACUGAUCAAAGGUUUUGUUCAAGCUCGUCCACCCACUUCACAGUUUGGACGAAAUCCCUCUUAUUUAAUGGUAAAGGAUUUACUGUUUUCGAUUCGUUGGGACAUCUGGUUUUCAGAGUGGAUAACUAUGCAUCCAAUGUUAGAAACGAAGUAAUUCUCAUGGAUGAUGCAGGCCAACUUCUUCUUAGAUUGCGGCGCAAGAAAUGGAGUUUUAGGAAGAGAUGGGAAGCAUUCAGAGGAUAUCCACUAGAAUCUGAUAAGCCCAAAUUUAGCCUUAAAAAGUCCUCGGGCUUUUCAAAUAAUAUAAAGGCCGGCGUAUUUGUAGAUGGAAGUAGAGAAAUUAAGAAGUGUGUUUACCAGAUGGAAGGGUCGUUGUGCAAGGCAUCGUGCACAAUUUUCAGUGCCUCUGGAGAUAUCAUCGCACAGAUUAAACGAAAGGAAGCAAAAUCGGACAUAAUGCUGGGGAAUGAUGUUUUGAGCCUGGUUGUGGAAGCGAGAGUUGAUCAAGCAUUUGUAAUGGGCCUGCUUAUCAUGUUUAAUCAGAUGAGCUAAAAGAAGAUUUGCCGAAGAUGGUACAAAUCAAGCCAACUGGAAAUGAGUUGCCCACUCGGCCAUAACGUGUUUUCUUCCACCACAACGGACCCGCAGACAUUUUCUUGCCUUAUGAUGAGCAAAUUUCAUAAGAUGCAAGGUGCAGAUUCAAUCCAGAGAGCCUGGUUUGUGAUCCGUAGGACUCGGAGUGUAUGUACACCGUCCCUUAAAAUAUUUCUGACAGGAAUUUAGUAGCUCUUAGGCAUUUCUAUUAUAAAAUCCUGGACAAAAAAUAUGUCACGAUUCAAUUUGGACAUCGUAUAUAAACAGGUCCAAAUGACAAUUAUAACACAAAAAUUAGCAGCAGCAAACAGGAGAAAACAGAGAGAAAUGGCUGAAGAAAAUAUAUUGACCUAGUUCUUAUUGCAUUCAAUUCAACAAUGUACAAUGAUGA